AUGAGUAACGACGAAUUCAUACAUCAUCUUCCUGAUCAGUCUGAACGUGUACAAGGAUACAAUAUGGGAUCUCAUCACAACGAUGAGGAUCAUCAUCACCACUCCGAGAAUGGAAAAAACCGGGAAACAACCCCGAUAGACAAUACCGACCCUGCAAAGGCCCAGUCUUCCCAUAUUGAGAUCGAGGCAAAAGCGGGCAGUCAAAACAACAACGACAACGCCGAAUGCGACAGUCGUGUUGAAUGGACCACUCACCAAAUCCUGGCAACGAUAUGUCUUUCCUUUCUUUAUUGUGGCUCUCAAUUACCGUUGUACUUCGUCUCGGCGAGUCUUUCAUGGAUAGUCGAGCAGGUCGGCGACAAGGAUAUCGAGUCGUGGCUACCACAAUCGUACGCUCUGGCUUUCGCCUCUUUGGCUCCCUUCAGCGGAUACCUUCAGGACGUCUUCGGCCGACGGUACAUCUCCCUCACUGGUGGAGUGGUGCUCUGCGUCGGCCUGAUCCUCAUCGGCACCACCCGGACAAUGGCGCAGGGUAUCGUCGGGUGCACCGUUUCAGGAGUCGGUGCCGCCAUUGGCGAAUUGACCGCUCUGGCCGGCACGUCUGAACUCGUACCCGUGCGGAAACGAGGCUGGUACCUCGGGCUGGUCACAGGGUGUAUCCUCCCCUUUUCGCCGUACGCAAUCUACACCACCGAGCUGAGCAUGCAUUCGACUUGGCGGUGGGGGAUCUGGAUAUCUUUAAUCUGGAACGCGAUGGCAACAGUUGGCAUUGCCGUCUUCUACUUCCCCCAAUCUCAAGUCCGAAGUCAGAAGAAAACGAUCCGUGAAAUAUUGCCCAAGGUAGAUUUCAUCGGGGCAUUGCUUUCAAUUGGUGGGCUCACACUAUUCUUGAUAGGCACGACUGCAGGUGGAUACACGGCUCCCUGGACGAGUGCGAAAGUGCUCUGUCCGUUGGUUAUCGGAAUUUUCAUGAUGGUCGCCUUUGGAGCAUGGGAGUGGAAAGGUGCCCGGUUUCCAAUGGUGCCUGGCGAGUUGUUUGCCCGCCACCGCAUUGUCGCCAUGAGUUUCCUGGUUGCAUUUGUGGCCGGCAUGUACUUCUACGCAAUCCUCAACUUCUUCCCGAUCGUCUACCUGGACGUGUACAGACCCGAUCCGAUCCAAUCUGGAGUCAAAGGAGUCAUUGUUGCCAUCGGGGUAACGGCCGGAGCAGUGAUACCUAACAUGUUGUUGUCCGUCUGGAGGGAUCACAAUCGAUGGAUCCUCUUUGCCGCGGCCAUUCUCACAACCACCUUCGGUACGGCCCUUGUGACCAGCACACCCGAGAACCCAGUCCAGACGGUCGCACUGGGCACCGUUGCUGGCUUUGGAAUUGGUGGAGUGGUUGCAAUGGCUGUGACGACAGCGGUGGUCGGCUCACCAGACGAUCUCAUUGCGACAUGUGUCGCCCUCUCCCUGUCCAUUCGAACGGUCGGCGGCUCUGUUGGCACCGCCAUCUACUCCAACAUCUUUGGCACCAAGUUGAAACUCAACCUACCAAAGUACGUGGCCACAUACGCGGUCGAGGCGGGGCUUCCUCUUUCUUCCGUCAAGACGUUUGUCGAGCUUUUCUUGGUGGCGCCUCAGAACUUGACCUUACCUGCUGCUCCUACUGAAGUUCCCGGCCUGAAUGCUGCGGUGAUCCACGGGGCCACAAUAGGCGCGCGUUGGGCAUACGCUGAAAGCCUGAAGUAUGUCUGGUAUGCGGCAUUGCCGUUUGGGAUCUUGUCAUGUAUAGCAUGUCUGCUCAUCGGGAAUUCUUCGACGCUGAUGACAAACCGUGUCGCUGCAAACAUCCGUCGUUGA